AUGCAUAAGUGGUCGCAACUUGAGCUUGCGCUGCCGACCGCGUCCAGACGCGGCUCGGAGGAAGGCAGGGGCCUGGCCGACUACGUGCCGCCGCCGUGGGCGUCAUUCGACCCUCAGGAGGUGCUGGGCAAGGACGCGCACGCGCUGUCCGUGGACGUGAUAUCCCGCGGCACCCUGCUGGAGAAUGUCGAGCUGGGCCGCAGCGCGCAUUGCGUCCUGGGGUCCAUGGACGAGUGCCAGCUUGUCUACAAGAACCCGCUGGUGUCUAGGCGCCACCUGGUGCUGCAGCUCAACAGGUACGGGCGUCUGCUGCUGUACGACCUGGGCUCGACGCACGGAACCACCCUCAACCACGUGCGCAUCGAGCCGUGCAGGUACUACCUGCUGAAGGUCGGCGACCAAAUCCGCAUCGGCGAGCGCGGCUCAACCAGCAGGACCUACGUGGUGUGCGGCCCUGAGGAAGCGCCGGCGGCGCAGGAGGACGCCACGCCGGCGCCCAAGCCGAAGAAAAUCGCAAAGAGCUGGGCGGCGAAGGACGAGCAGGAGAUCAUGAGCAAGGUGAAGAACGCGACGGCCGCCGACUACUACGACACCAACCUGUACUUCGACGAGUGGGACGACUACUUCGACCGCGACCAGGUGAAACAGGAGAGCGAGUCUAAACGCAAGCGGAAGACGCACACCGCGGCGUCUCUCAAAGCGGACCUGUCGCGCCUGUACCAGGAGGAGGUGGAUCUGCUGAACCGCUGGUACACGAUCGUCAAGCAGGCCGAGGACGAAGGGAUCAUCGGCGCAUCUGGCGACCCGGCGAAGCCCGUCUCGCUGGUGAAAAAUAUCCAGCGCAAGGGCCUGGACGGGGACCGGGCGAAGCUGCAGGAGCAGAUCGACGCCGUUCGGGCCGAUAUCGACCGCAGCAGAAAGCUGCUGAAACUUACGCGCGCGGAAUGA